GUCAAAGCCUCGGUGAUUGGGAAGAAAAAAGAAGAUCUCGAGAGAUGGAGGAAGAACUCAUGAGCUUAAUCAAAGUAUGGGUUUAUGCAAUAAUCUCCAUAUCUUACUGUUACUACACAUCAACAAGAAUCAAAUCUGGUGUUUUUCGAUUACUAUCUGUUCUUCCUGUUUGUGUUCUGUUUCUUGUUCUCCCUCUGUUUGUUUCCUCUGUUCACUUUUCUGGUUCCACAGCAUUUUUCCUCUCAUGGCUUGCCAAUUUCAAACUAAUCCUCUUCUCCUUCGACCAAGGUCCACUUUUCCCAGUUCCCUCAAAUCUCUCCCGAUUCGUCUGCUUCACUUGCUUCCCCAUCAAGCUUCAACAAAACCCUAAACCUCAAAAUCAAAUGCCUAAAUGGGGUUUCGCAGUUAAACUUGCCUUCUUUGGUGUGUUGUUGCAUAUGUAUGAAUACAAACAACAUAUGUCUCCGACUGUUCUAUUGGUUCUCUAUUCUCUGCAUAUAUACUUGGAGUAUGAGAUUCUCUUAGCUCCCUUGAAAGUUCUGCUUAGUAUCUCUCUUUGGUGCGACCUCGAGCCGCAUUUCAAUGAACCAUACUUAUCCACCUCUCUUCAAGACUUCUGGGGUCGUCGAUGGAACCUCAUGGUCCCGGCGAUUCUCCGGCCGGCUGUCUACCUCCCGGUGCGACAAAUGGCCGGUCGGAAAAUGAACUCUGAUCAGGCUUUGUUCUUGGGAGUUUUUGCCUCGUUCCUUGUUUCCGGUGUGGUUCACGAGCUUAUUUUCUUCUAUUUUACACGUGAAUCGCCGACAGGUGAAGUCACUUUGUUCUUUGUAUUACAUGGAGUUUGCACUGCCGCUGAAUGCGCUGCGAAGAGGACGAGGUUGGUGCGGCGAUGGAAGGUGAGUCAGAUGGUUUCACGACUGCUCACGGUGGGAUUUGUUGUUAUGACCGGUGGUUGGUUGUUUUUCCCUCACCUUGCAAGGAGUGGCAUGAUCGAGAGACUAGCUGACGAAGCCUUUUUGUUUAUUGGUUUCGUCAAGCACAAGUUUUUCUACCUUUGUAGAAACCAAUCGCUAAAAUCGUAGAUUUAUGGUUAUAGCUAAUUUUAUCAAUCAUAUUACUUUUGAUGAUUUGGGAAGAGAACUAAAGAGAUAUUCUGUGAUUGAAACGGC